AUGCCCGACCACGUCCCCGAUCAUAGAAAGGGAGACGAUAUGUUCACACCAGUCGAAACAGCUCUUGGAGCUCUCCUCUUGCAUCAAGGAUCUUCAGGAUUGCUCCAGCACAAUGGCAGGGUGUUAGGUAUCUCAUCCCUACUCUCAGGGUCAGUUGCCAAACCAAGCCGUGACAACCUGCCUAUCAUUGGGGGCAUAGUAUCCAGCAUCUUGCCAGUAUAUUACCUUUCACCUUCCCUGCUCCCGGCAUAUCCCCCACUAAAGGAUACAUGGGAAGCUGCUUUGGCUACGCUCGCAGUGGGUUUCGCAGUAGGAUGGGGUACAAAGAAUGAAAAUGGUUGCACAUCCGGCCAUAUGCUCUGUGGUCUAUCUCGACUCUCUCCCCGCUCCACAAUCGCAACCGGCAUAUUCUUCAUCACGGCGCUGAUCACUGCCAACCUUCGAAACGUCAUUCCUGCCUGCGCCUCUAACCAGCCUUGUUAUUUCCCCACCUACCCAACCUCCCAGGAGCUCACUUUCAUAGUUGGAGCAGUCGUGCUUGGCCAGUUCACAAACUCCGUCCUGGUCCCACACCUGCUUCGCAAUUCUAAAAACUCCACCACAAUAUACAAUUUCAUCGCGGGUUUACAAUUCGGUCUCGGCCUCCUCAUCUCUGGCCUGGCCAAUCCCGCAAAGGUGCUCGGGUUCUUCAGCGUGUUUGACUGGUCCAGAUUUGAUCCGUCUCUGGGACUGGUCAUACCAUUCGCCGUGGGACCCAACUUGAUCGCAUACUCGAGAAUGAGACGGGAAUGCGGAAACGAAAAAGGCAAGAAACCACCGACGUUGGCGGAGAGGUUUCAGCUCCCCACUGCUACCGUUGCCGACAUCGACUGGCGUUUUGUGGCAGGUGGAAUUGCCUUUGGUAUCGGGUGGGGUUUAUGUGGUGUUUGCCCAGGUCCCGGUUUGCUCAGGACGAUUCUACAGCCUAAAUGGGGCUUGUUUUGGAUGGGGGGUUAUAUGUUGGGAAGUCUUUUGGGUCUAUAA